UCUGGUGGGACAAUUGACAUGCUGAAAGUAUUUUGGUAGCUCUUUCCUUAAGUUUGCCUUGUUUAGAUCUCCCAAAACAAUGGCCAGUGAAUCAGGGUGUUUGGCUUCAGCCUCCAUGAUUUGGUCAGCUAGAGUUCGUAAUGCCUUGUUUACACAGGCUUGUGGUGGGACAUAAACAGCAAUUAGAAGAAAUGAGGAAAAUUCACGAGGCGAAUAGUAAGGUUUGCAGUUGAUAAUUAGAGUCUCUAAAUUAUUGUCACAGAAUUUGUAAAUUAUUUUAAAAUCUUGACACCAGUUUCUGCUAAUAUAUAGGCAUAAGAUAGAUAGAGAUAUAGAGAUAUAGAUAGAUAGAUGAUAGAUAGAUAGAUAGAUAGAUAGAUAGAUAGAUAGAUAGAUAGAUAGAUACACACACAUAUACAUAUAUAAAUAUAUAUAAAUUGUUUCACCAGUAUUCAACUUUUGAAUAUGGAAAGCACACAUUAAAAGCUCAGUUGAAAAUGCAUUAAUGGAGGAGUGCCUGCAGAACAGGGGUGUCAAAUUCAAGGGUACUUAGAUCUGGCCCGUGGAACAGCCCUGAAAACAGCAAAAGGAACAUAGGAAAGAAUAUAUCGGCACAAUACACUCCAAGGGCAAAAAAUGUUUUGUGAAUCUCAGGUUUAAUAACACAAUUCAACCUUGCCAGCUGGACUCAGGUGCAACCUGUGAUGUUAUGAGUCUAAAGCAGGGGUCUCCAACCUUGGCAACUUUAAGCCUGGCGGACUUCAACUCCCAGAAUUCCCCAGGCUUAAAGUUGCCAAGGUUGGAGACCCCUGGUCUAAAGGACAAAAUGAAACUGGUACCCGAGGUAUGUCUUCAGCCUAGCGGUUCUAAAUUGAAGUUAUAUUCAGGAGAACUAAUGAACUCACUGGGCCUAUUUCAAACAGAAUGCAGCAUAUAUGGGGAUAUUUAUAAACUUGAAUUUGAGAUUGUGGAAGCUGAUCAGAAACCGCUAUUGUCAGGAUCAACAUGUGAGCACUUGGGGUUGAUGCAGUUUACCAUACCGGCCGAGCUACACAAUGUUGUGAGUUACCCCCCACUUAAAUCUCUGAUGGGGCCACUGACAAAACAGCAAAUCCUUCAAGUAUACCAGGAAGUGUUUGAGGGCCCCAUAGUAUCUGUUCCAGGAGAGGUUCAUUUUGAACUUGAUCCUGCUAUUUCCCCAGUACAAAGUGCACCACGCAAUGUGCCUAUAGCUAUUAAGCAGCAGGUUAAAGCACAAUUGGAUAAGUAUGAGGUGGAAGGACGUAUUACGUCAGUAACUGAUCCCACUUCUAACACCAUGUUUCAAGCCAUCAUUACAGGUAUAUAUCUACAUAUUACAGGAACCGGAACUACCUCACAGGAGCAGCUGAAGGCAGCUCCUCGAGAGUCAGGGAAUACAUCUCAAACUAAUGCUGCCAAGACUACAGAGAUAACCCUUGUAACAGACUGGGUUCUGCCAGUGAAAACAGAGCAUGGCCCUGCCAGGCUCCGUUUUCAGCCACAAUGGUCUCCUGAAGCCCUCUGCCAGCGAAAACAGAGCUUGGGGAGGCUGCAUGCUGCCCACCCGGCCUCCGUUUUUGGCCGCAGCAGCAGGAGCCCAUUGCGGCUGAAAACGGAUCCUCGAUGAGUGACGUCGAGCUGGCCAUGCCCCCCACGGCUCCCCUCCCAAGGUCAAACACAACCCUGAUGAGGCCCUCAGUGAAAUCAAAUUUGACACUCCUGCUGUAGAAAAAGACCAGGCUGAGACUGAGGGAAGGGUGAAGCGCGUCAUCAGUCUGGAAUCCCUUCAUGCCCACAAGUGAUCUAAGUCCAGCCCACCUUGAAUUCCAUUGACCCUAAUCUAUCACCAAUAUGCUUGGACCUUUAGUAGUUCAGAUUCUUGUAGAGGGCUCUAGCUUACAAUAAAUCUAUAUGCAUUUGAACUUCCUGGACUCCUGAUUGCCUGUGCUUGACAAUGCCAUUAUCCAAAUAUUUGAGGAAAAGACAUUUAUCCCCACAUUACUUUGAAUGUUUGAAGCUACGGUAAUGGUGCAGCUCAUAAAUGGUGGUUCGGUAUUAAGUUUAUGAUCUAUCACAGACCCCCCCCCCCAAAAAAAAAGACUGAAUAAUCAACUUUAGCUGUGCCCAAGUGUAUACUGAUUGCUGUUUCUAAAUGUUAUUAGAAACAUUUGACUGUUUCAAUCUUUUCAUAAAAACUACAGUUUUGCCAUUGUUGGGUUAAUUCCAUUCGUUCUGGAAAAUAUCUUUAAAACUAAUUUUUUUAGUUUUAAACUAAACUAAGAACACUGCAUUGAAAAAACAAUGUAAUUUUUAAGAUUAAAGAAGGCCAUAAAAGUGAUUAAAUGAGAUGAGUGUCAUCUUAAAAAGCUCCUCUUUAUUAAGUGUUAACACACACAAAAAAGCUUCAAGCUGGCAUCUCAUUUUAUAGGUUAGUUUUUGCUCUAGCCAGACUUAACACUAUGAUUUGAUAAUUUUCGCAACUAGAUAGCAUAGGAAAGAGAAUAGUUUGUUAAAUACAGGUAGUUCUCGACUUACAACAGUUUACUUAGUGACCAGGGGCGGGUUCCAAAUCCUGUUGCUACCGGUUCGCUUGUGCGUGUGGGGGGCAUUUCUGCGCAUGUGCAGAAGUGUCUGGGCAGGUGAGCGGAGCCUUCCCAACGCUACCGGUUUGCCUGACCGGUACAAACCGGUAGCAACCCACCACUGUUAGUGACCCUUCAAAGUUACAGUGUUACUGAAAAAAAAAGACUUAUGACCAUUUUUCACACCAUUACAGCAUCCCCAUGGUUACGUGAUUUACUGCUUGACAACAGAGUCGCAUUUAUGAUGGUUUUCAGAGUCUUGUUGGACUAGAUGACCUACAAGGUCCCUUUCAACUCUGUUAACCUGAGGAGGAGACUGUCCAGCGUGCCAUAAUCCCCCUUGCAUUAUUAAUAGAGAAUUGGCGAUUACAGUGUGUAAAAACUGUUUUGAGUUAUCCCAGAGUCAUAAGAUGCCCUUUUGAGACCUUUGGAGAAGCAAAGUCAAUGGGGGUAACCAAGCUCUGUGCGACUAAUUCAAGAACUGCAGUGAUUCACUUAAGAAAGGUGGCGAGGAAAGUCGUGAAAUGAGACAAAACUCCCUGAACAAAUUUCUCACUUAACAAUAGAAAUGUUGGGCUCAGUUGUGGUCAUAAAUUGAGGACUACCUGUAAUUCUUUGUUUGGGGGAUUCUCAGGAAAGUGCAAGAGCAGUUGAAGACGAUGCAACGUGCAAAGAGUGUAGCAGUAGGAUAAAAAAGGGCCGCGGUGUGGCUCAGGCUGUAAGAAGCCUGUUAUUAAAACACAGCUGCCUGCAAUUACUGCAGGUUCUAGUCCCACCAGGCCCAAGGUUGACUCAGCCUUCCAUCCUUUAUAAGGUAGGUAAAAUGAGGACCCAGAUUGUUGGGGGGGGGGCAAUAAG